AUGGCAAUUGCAAAGGAUAUUGCUGAAGUUGAACGACAAGGAGAAACUAAAGUCCACAUAUUGGAUGCCGACUGGGAUAUCAAUCAAGAUUUCUGGUCACAUUUUGGAGGAUCGCGUGUUGUCAGGAGCAUACCAGAACCCAAGAACGAUGACGACAACUAUUGGAAAGAGACGGCAGAUAAUUUGAGUCUAUGGAGGGUCUCAGAUGCUACUGGUAACAUGAAGGUUACAAGUGUCGCUAAAGGAGAAAUUAAGCGCAGUCAGUUGGACUCUAAA